AUGGCACCACUCAAUGCAGUGAAAAUACUACAGAUCUGCCCGGUGGCUCCGCCGGACUCCCCCGCCCAAAGCUCCCUCCCCCUCACUUUCUUUGACGCAACUCCAUCCUCCCUAAACUCAAACACUCUCUCCCUCACCCUCCAUCACUUCCUUCCUCUCGCCGGUACCAUCGUAUGGCCCCCAACCUCCGCCGAACCCUUCAUCCGUAUCGACGCAAACAGCGCGCUUCAGCUCACCAUAGCCGAGUCCGACGCCGAUUUCCACCAUCUCUCCGGAAACAACUUCCGGGACUCGGCAGAAUACCAUCCUCUGGUACCCACCCUGCCGGUGUCCGAGGUGGAAGCCCGGGUCAUGGCAGUGCAAAUCACUUUAUUUUCAGGCACCGGCUUUUCGAUCGGAAUAACCUCCCACCACGCCGCCCUGGACAGCAGAGCCGCAGCCUUGUUCGUGAAGGCAUGGGCUUCCCUUUGCAAACUGGGCGGCGCUUCCUUGCCGCCCGAGCUAACGCCGUUCUACGGAAGGGCAGAUAUCGGGGACCCAAAAGGGAUCAAGCAAAGAUACUUGGAUGGAUGGGAGAAGAGUGGCGGCCCCAACGCUAACAGAAGCUUAACGCUCAUUGAUGAGUUCAAUGCUCCGAGCAACACAAUCCGUGGGACCUUCAUGCUGAGACCUGAUGACAUAGAAAAACUCAGGGAAAGAGUUGGCCAAACGCUCAUAGAAAGGAAGAAGAAGAAACAAGAACUGCCCCGCCUGUCAACGUUUGUGCUAACUUGUGCAUAUGUGUGGGUGUGCCUAGUGAAGGCAGAGGGAUUGGAGAGCAAGGAUGGUCUAGCUCAUACUUGUUUCUUAUUCAGUGCGGACUGCAGGGGGCGGUUGGAGCCUCCAAUCCCGGCGACAUACUUCGGGAACUGCGUGGGAGGUGGUUUUGCGAGGGUAAAGGUGGGUGAUGUAGCGGGGGAGGACGGCGUGGCGGUGGCUGCAGAGGCUAUCGGGGAAGGCGUAAGUAGUCUUAAUAAUGGCGGACUUUACGAACACUUGGAACGGUUGUUGUCGCAUGGUCCGUUCCCUGAUAAAAGUGAGAAGUGGAUCACGGUGGCGGGAUCGCCUCAGUUCGAGCUCUAUAUGGCGGAUUUUGGGUGGGGCAGGGCGAGGAGGAUAGAGGUGGUGUCAGUGGAUAGGACUGGGGCGGUGGCUCUUUCGGAGAGCGGGGACGGCAGAAGCGGUGGGAUUGAGAUUGGGCUGGCCUUGAGUGAAGAAAAAAUGGAGGUUUUUGCUUCUUUGUUUGUAAAAGAAGCUUUGGCCUUCUUUGUUUUGGCUGGAACCUUCGCCUUUGUCUCUUUCGAUGCCUUUGCAGACUUUGCUUUUGUUGCUAAUGUCGACUUCUUCUUAGCCACAUCAGUAACUAAUGGCUUCACCGCCGGUGACCAACACCAGAUCAGUGAUGGCUUCACCGCCACGAGUAGCUCCUAUGUGUCAUUCUUUCGAACACUUGGAGCAUAA